CACUUCCCUCCGAAUAUUCUUCAUUUUCAGUUAUAUUUACCCUUCUUCUCCCUCCCCCACCCCCUUCCUCCCGUUAUCAGUCUCACCCCCGUUCCGUUCUCUCAUUUUUCUCACUUACCGAGCACAGAGUUUUUGCCAUGAAAUUCGGGAAGAGCCUCAGUAGCCAGAUCGAGGAGACGUUGCCUGAAUGGCGGGACAAGUUCCUUUCAUAUAAGGAGCUUAAGAAGAAAGUUAAGCUCAUUCAACGUAACUCCGGUGAGAGACCGAAUAAACGGCUUAGGCUGGAUCAAAAUUCUGGAGACGUUGUCUAUGCUGGAGAUAAUGUCGGCGACGGAGACGGUAUGUCGAGAGAGGAGACCGAUUUUCUUAAUCUGUUGGAAGAUGAACUCGAGAAAUUCAACACGUUUUUCGUUGAGAAAGAGGAAGAAUACAUCAUUAGAUUGAAGGACUUACAAGACAACGUGGCAAAAGCAAAGGAUUCUGAUGAAAAGAUGAUAAAGAUAAGGAAGGAUAUAGUGGACUUCCAUGGCGAGAUGGUUUUAUUAGAAAAUUAUAGCGCCCUUAAUUACACAGGAUUGGUGAAAAUACUCAAGAAGUACGACAAAAGAACCGGUGCAUUGAUCCGCUCGCCUUUCAUUCAAAGGGUGUUGCAACAACCCUUCUACGCCACGGACUUGCUUUACAAGCUGGUGAAAGAGUGCGAGGCGAUGCUGGAACACGUCUUCCCCAAGAAAGAAAAACCGGAUUCAGUUGAAGCAAAGAAUGUGGAGAGCUUAUACAUGAAAAGCACAAUAUCAGCAUUGCGGGCAUUGAAGGAAAUCCGUAGUGGAAGCUCAACUGUUAGCGUUUUCUCAUUGCCUCCGCUGCAAAGUAACGGAUUGGAGGAGACAUGGAAAAUGAUUCCCGUUCUGGAACAAGCAGCCAAGUAGUUGAAUUUGUGGUUCAAAAUUAUAAUCUUAUAUUUUUGGGUCUUUACUUUUUAACUUCUCUAAAUUUUCACACGCUUUUAUAAUGCAAGUCUUAGAUACAAGUACUAACAAAUGUAAAUCCUAUAUUAAUUGAAGGCACGGUUUGGUAUAA